CCCGUCCUUCCUCUCCCUGGCACUCUCAGAGGUCGUCCCCGCGAAACGACCCCGCCUCUCCGCCGCAUGUCUGGCCCCUAGGCUUGGGGCUUGCGCGCCCCCUCAGCGGGCCGCUCCGCGCCGCUCGUCGCCCCAUCGGAGGCUUUGAGAAGCAGCCGCCUCCGGCACCAGAGUCCGCCGCGCCGAUGUGGCCCGCAGCAGCCGCCCCCGUGCUCCGCGGCGGCGCGGGACGCGCCGCGCGCCGCUGCGCGCCCCUCCUCGCGGGCGGCGCUGCGCCAGGGCGCCUCGCGCUGCCGCGGGCGCUGCGGUGCGCGGGGGGGGCGUCCGGGGCGCAGGCGGGCGCGCCCGGCGACGACCCCACGGUGGUCCGCAGGAACGCGUUCAAGGAGGCGAUCCGGCCUGGCUCGGGGCAGCGGCGGCAGAUCGGGCUGUGGACCGGGCUGAGGAGCACGCUCGUGGCCGAGAUGGUCUCCCACGUGUCUGGGCUGGACUGGUUCGUGAUCGAUAUGGAGCACUCCCCCAACGAGCUCGGCGACGUGCUCCUGCAGCUGCAAGCCUCGCAGAGGGGUCGCGCGGAGCCCGUGGUGAGGGUGCCCUGGAACGAGAUUGUGCAGGUGAAGCGGGUGCUUGAUCUGGGGGCGCAGAGCAUCAUCUUCCCCUGGGUCAACACGGCGGAGGAGGCACGGCAAGCCGUCGAGGCAACGAGGUAUCCCGGGGUGGGAGGCGGAGGCCUGCGCGGUGUCAUGAGUUUGGCGCGCAUGAACAACUACGGCGCGCAGAACCCACACUACUACCGCGAGGCGGCGGGCCAGAUCUGCAACAUCGUUCAGAUCGAGACCGCCACGGCAGUCGAGAACAUUGAGGCCAUCGCCGCCGUGGACGGGGUGGACGCUCUCUUCAUAGGCCCGAGCGAUCUUUCCGCGUCCCUGGGUCACAUCGGCAACCCCGGUCAUCCCGAGGUCAGGAGCACGAUCGCCAGCGCUUUCAAGCGCAUCGCCGCGACGGGCAAGGCCUCGGGGUUCCUCACGGCCAAUCACGACGACGCCCGCUGGGCCCUAGAGCUGGGCUGCAACUUUGUCGCGGUCGGCAGCGACGUCCAGAUGCUCACCGCGGCGACCAAGAAGGCCGCGGCCGACUUCCACACCUUCUGCGAGAAGCUGUGAGGAAAGAGGAGGGAGAGAGGGCGGGGGAAUCGGAGAAGGAUCCAGCAGCAGGUGCCGCUCAGUGUGGCCAUGCCCCCCCUCGGCGGCGGCACCCCACGCCCGCUGCUCACGGGGCCUGUGUUGGUGGCAGGCCAGGCCCUUUGGGGCGGCCCGGUGCGUCCAGCCCCUGUGUGGGCACAGGCCCCGCUGCCUGGGCGCGGCCAGUGGCCCUUUUCCCAGCAGCAGUGCCCCUCCCCCUGGCAACGGCCAGAGGUUGAGGUGGUCCGCGAGGGCCCCAGCUCCAGCAGCAGCACGGUCCGCAUUCAGGAGAACAUCAAGGACAGGAGAGGAAAGGAACGGAAAGGCAAGGAA